GUCUUUCAGGUAACAACUUCACAUACCGUAUGAGUUUGAACAGUCAGUGAGGGACAGAUUGCCUUUACUAGCUAGCUAUGUAGUUAGGCCGUUUACAGCUAAUUAUACCGAGUAAUUCAUGCAGUCAGGGGGCAGUCAUUUUUAUAAUUUAACACAUAGCUACGCUACUACAAAUUGCCCGUAUUAUCAGUAUUUUAACACAAUCUGCACGCUUCGCUGAAAUGCUUCUCCUGGCCGGCGUAAGGGAUGGAAGGGCUAACAGAAGUGUGAUAUGCGUCCUGCUGCCCAUGGCUGUCGCGGUGUUGCUGUCGGUCGGAGUUGCUGGGAUCCAGGAGGAAAACAAACAUGUCCAAGAACAAACGCCACAAGAGAAAGCACCUACUGCUCAUGCCAUUGGCCCCGAGGUCAGUGGAAAUGACUCCAGCAAAUCCGAGAACCUGGGCUUCAUCCAUGCCUUUGUAGCUGCCAUCUCUGUCAUCAUUGUCUCUGAGCUGGGAGACAAGACGUUCUUCAUCGCUGCCAUCAUGGCAAUGCGCUACAACCGCCUCACCGUGCUGUUGGGGGCAAUGCUAGCCCUUGGCUUUAUGACCUGCAUCUCGGUGAUGUUUGGUUAUGCCACCACCAUCAUCCCCAGGAUCUACACAUACUACGUGUCUACGGCUCUGUUCGCCAUCUUUGGUGUGCGCAUGCUGAGAGAGGGGCUGAAGAUGAGUCCAGAUGAGGGUCAGGAGGAGCUGGAGGAGGUGCAGGCUGAUAUUAAAAAGAAGGAUGAGGAGCUGCAGAUGUCUAAGCUGCUAAAUGGAGCUGCAGAUGUGGAGUCGGGCUCAAGCCACCCUCAGAGGAAGUGGCACAGCUUCAUCUCGCCUGUGUUCAUCCAGGCCUUUACCCUCACCUUCCUGGCAGAGUGGGGAGACCGCUCUCAGCUCACCACCAUCAUCCUGGGUGCCCAGGAGGAUCCUUUUGGAGUGGCGGUGGGUGGUACUCUGGGGCACUGUCUGUGCACAGGACUGGCUGUGGUUGGAGGAAGGAUGAUUGCACAGAAGAUUUCUGUCAGAACUGUUACAAUCAUUGGUGGGAUCAUGUUCCUGGCCUUUGCCUUCUCUGCCCUCUUCAUCAAACCGGAUGCUGGGUUCUAAUUGGAGGGAAGACUUUCAGGCAAAGUUUGUACAUAUCUGUAAAGCUCAACUAUGUUUAUUAAGUGUGUGUGUGUGGUUGAGAGGGAGAAAUAUGGAGAAUAUUCUCUAAUGGGGCUGAGCGAGUGUGUGUGAUUUCUGUUCUCUUGUCUUACUAAGUCUGUGAUCCCUCACCGGUCUGAGUCCUGUGGCCUAUACUAAGAACAAGACUUACCUCUCCCUCACACUCAGGGCCGUCAGUACUGAGCUUGGGUCUGUUUAUUCAUGAAUUCCCCAUCAUUAUUAUAUUAUGCUUUAAAGUCCUACUCCAAUCUAAUUUUCACCUAAUUUAACACCUGAUUUACGUAACGGGGGGCGCUUUCCUCUUGUUCUCUAUUGCACCAGUAUUGUUCCUCAAGCAAGCCAGGAGAUCAAUGACAUCAUAGGGCACCAUCAGACCAACUCAUCAAAAGCCCUACUCCUUGAAGUUUGCAGUUGCUCCCCCCCCUCCCCCAAAAAACACUUGUGCAACAUUUAUUUUAAUUUUUUUACCCUUGUGUGUACUUUAAUGUAUUUAUACUUGGGAUAUUGCUUUUCAAUAGGAAAAGUACAACAACAAAAAAUAUGCCGGCUGAACACUGACUCCAGGUCUGUCCCAUGGAGUCCAGUGUUAUGGCCACUGUGAAGCGAUUCAGUCCCUUUGAUCUAUGGCCAGGGGGGGGGACCCCAUGGCCAGUGUGUCCCAAUGGAGGCUGUGGGGGGAGCUAUAGGAGGACGGGCUCAAUGUCUGGAAUAGAACCGUAUCAAACCCCGUUUGACUCCGUUCCAGUAAUUCCAUUCCAGCCAUUACAAUGAGCGCCUUCCUCCUAUAGCUCCCCCAUCAGCCACCUCUGGUCUGUCUGCCACUCAUAUUGCUACUAGGGUUUAUUAAGAGGUUGUCUGAUGCCUACUGGCGACGAAAUCAUGGAACAAAUUAUUUCUUUGCUUCCUCCUAAAUUUCACUGCUGAUAAAAAGGACCUAAGCCACUAAGUCUACUGCACCUGUCCUGAGUGUUUGGUUAUGGUAGUUAUUUACAACUUUGAGGCACAGAUGAGGAUUUUGUUCUUGUUAAGGUUUGCAUUUUUUUGAAGGUACUGUAAGAGAAUAAUCUUCUUCUUUUUUUUUUAAGUGCACAGGGUAAUGUGACUCCAUUGUCAAUAUUUGACCAGUUGUACCCUGUGACGAACAAACAGGCGUGUACAUGUACGUGGUUUGAGACAGAUGAACUUUUGAUUGUUGUAAAUCCUGAUCAAUGCUUAAAUGCUCAAUAAAACCUGUCUUGCCUAGA